AUGGCAGACUCUAUCUUCAAACGUCUUGUGAGGUUCGAAGAUCACGCAGGGCAAGCCCACUACGGGGAAGUCCCUAAAAGCCACAACUGGGCUGACAACCUAGUGGGCGUCUCUGUGCCUGUGUACACGGGUGGACUACCAUGGAAGCAAAGCUUCUGUCUCAGUACAGACACAGUCAAGAUCGCCAAAGUAUUGAGUCCGAUCGAAGCACCACCUUUUAUCUAUGGGAUUGGUCUCAAUUAUCGCAAGCACGCUGAAGAAGCCAAGGUCGAGAUACCCCCUUAUCCGUUGAUCUUUUUCAAGGGAGGAGGAUCAGUAUCGGGACCUUACGAGGACGUGCCCGUACACAAGGAGGCAGACUUCAUGGAUUACGAGGCAAGUAUCGAUUGGGGCGAGUUGACGAUUGUCUUUGGCAAGCAGGCUGUGAAUCUGACAGAAUCUGACAACGUCUUCGAUUAUUUACUGGGAUACACGGUCGGCAACGAUGUGUCCUCACGAUUGUGGCAGGACCCUACGCGUUCAGGAGGCCAACACGGCUACGCAAAAGCCUUCGAUAAAUUCACAGUAAUCGGAUCGAUACUAGCAUCCACCUCGUAUGUCCCAGAUCCUUCCAAGCUUACUUUAAAGACCACCGUCAACGGGGAGCAGCGACAGCUUUCCCAGACGGACGACCUCAUUUUCGACAUUCCGUCUAUUGUCAGACACUUGACCCGAGGCAGGACCAUACGCCCGGGAACGGUAGUGAUGACUGGAACUCCGAGCGGAGUCGCAGCCUUCCACAAGCCACCGGCAUGGCUCAAGGAUGGCGACGUGGUUGAGGUGGAAGUCACCGAGAUUGGGAGAAUCCGGAAACGUAUGGCAUUCCCCCCAACCUCUUGA